AUGUUCUCCUGGUGCCGCCGUAAACUGAAUUCGCGUGGAACGGGACGGACGCAUAUCGUUGUAGAUUUUCCGGGCGAGCUGUCAAAACUCCCGCCCGGGGCUUCGUGGCCGUCCGCUCAACUUCGGGGUGGUUCGACACCCCCGCGGUCGGCCACUGAACUUGGACCCGCGACCGAACGCCCCGGCUCCCCUCACGCACCGAUCACCCGUAGCACGGGCGGGGAGGCGGUAGAUCUUCGUGUUUGGUCGACGCCGCAC